UCAUAUCUGCGAAGUGUCCCUGAACGCAGCAGCAGCAGCAGUAGCGCGGAUGGUCACCGCAUGAAUUCCCCGCAACAAACUUUUCCCUCCUUUCUCGCUGUGUGACGAUGUUUCUCACCGCUGCCCACCCGCCACGCGUGACGGGGACGAGUGGAUGGAUGUGCUCUCCUCCUCCUCCUCCUCCUCCUCCUCUUCUCCAGGCAGCCACGAUUUUCACUAGUGCGUAGUGGACGUGGUGCUGGUGUUGUGAGCCGAGGGGAACAAACUUGCGUGAAUUCUACUUUUUCCCCAAACCUUUUUUUGCCCUUUUGCUCCUGUCGCGGCUGAUCGUGGACGUGGGAGGCAUGGACGCAGGCGGCAGGAUGUGGUCGCUGUCCGCGGUGCUGAACCCGCUGCUGUUUCUGCUGCUGUUCGGUUACUGCCCUACUGUGACCAUCAGGCCAAAGGAGGGAUGGCAGGUGUACAGCUCCGCUCAGGAUGCAGAUGGACGCUGUGUCUGCACUGUGGUGGCACCUGAACAGAAUCUGUGCUCCAGAGACGCCAAAGGCAGACAGCUGCGCCAACUCCUGGAGAAGGUGCAGAACAUGUCGCAGUCAAUCGAGGUGCUGAACCUGCGGACACAGAGGGACUUUCAGUACAUCAUGAGGAUGGAGAGCCAGAUCAAAGGCCUGCGCUCAAAGUUCCGGCAGAUCGAAUCGGACAGGAAGACGCUCGUCAACAAAAACUUUCAGGAGUUAAAGGGAAAGAUGGAGUCCCUGCAGCCACUGAUCCCUGUCCUGGAACAAUACAAGACAGACACCAAGCUGAUUGCACAGUUCAAAGAGGAGAUCAGAAACCUGUCUGGUGUGUUGAUGAGCAUCCAGGAGGAGAUGGGAGCCUUUGACUAUGAGGAGCUGCAACAGAGGGUCCUCAGCCUGGAGAACCGGCUCCGUAACUGUAUGAACAAACUCACAUGUGGCAAGUUAAUGAAGAUCACUGGGCCAACAACAGUGAAAACAUCAGGGACAAGAUUCGGAGCCUGGAUGACAGAUCCACAGGCAUCUCUCAAAAACAACCGGGUCUGGUACAUGGACAGCUACACCAACAACAAGAUCGUAAAAGAGUUCAAAUCCAUCGCUGACUUUGUGGCAGGCGUGGAGUCGAGAACAUACAACCUGCCUUUCAAGUGGGCUGGGACCAACCACGUGGUGUACAACGGCUCUCUGUACUACAACAAGAUGCAGAGCAACAUCGUGGUGAGGUACAGCUUUGAGACGGGCCGCGUGGUCACGCAGAGAGCACUGGAGUCGGCGGGCUUCCACAACGUUUAUCCCUACACGUGGGGAGGCUUCUCAGACAUCGAUCUGAUGGCGGACGAGCUGGGCCUGUGGGCCGUGUACGCCACCAACCAGAACGCUGGGAACAUUGUCAUCAGCCAGCUGAACCCUGACACGCUCCAAGUCCUUAACACCUGGAACACAGAGUACUCAAAGAGGAACGCCGGCGAGUCUUUUAUGAUCUGCGGGACACUCUACAUCACUAACUCCCACCUUACUGGCGCUAAGGUGUACUACGCUUACUCCACUAAAACCUCCUCUUAUGAGUACACAGACAUCCCCUUUCAUAACCAGUACUUCCACAUGUCUAUGUUGGACUACAAUGCCAGGGACCGCAGCCUCUACGGCUGGAACAACGGACACCAAGUCCUUUUCAACGUCACACUUUUCCACAUCAUUAAAACUGACGAUGACUCUUAAGUAGGCGGGACACUAGAGAGUGGAGGAAAAAAGCUAAAUUAAUCUGAGUAUAAAUCCAUGUUCAGACGAAAUGAUCAGCUUUUUGGUGAAUUGUUCAUUUAUUCAUCAGUUUGUCGUCAUUUUAUACACAUUAUUCACAUUCUUUGAUGCUUUGAUGCUUUGAUUGCUCACAUGAUAAGGUCGUUAACUGAGGUACUUUCUCUGUUUAAAAAAAAAAUAAAAAAUGGCAGCACAAAUUAAAAGAAAUUCAUGGCACGGAGGAACAUAUGCAGGUAACAACGUGUGGAUGAAAUAAUGGCACUUAACAAUGGUUCAGAAAUCCUGAAAUGCCAUUGAUUGUUUUCUCCAAAAAAAACAGACGCUUUUCUGAAGUCAAGUCAUAUUUAAUUCAGCAUAUAUUCAUGUCCUCUAAUUCGUUAUUUAUUCCCACCAUUUUCUUCACUAAUUGUUCAUUUCUUUUCCAUUCUGUUUCCAUUUGCACUUCAUCAGCUGCUAAUUUAUUCCUGCCUUUCUAUACCACCACGUUGCUUUCAAUUCCUCUUUGCACUUGACCUUGUACAUGACAUGAGAAAUCAGUUGAACCAUAAUGAACCCGUGUCGUGAUUGUACUUGGCUUUUUUCGUGCAAGGUCAUGGAAUAUCUGGAAGUACAGAGUCCAAACCCGGUUUCCUUUCACUUAGUACUUUGAGAUAUUAGCUUUUUUGUAACUUAAGCAGCAGUUUGUAUGCCUUAUUCAGUGCAGUAUGUACUUUAAGACCAAGGAAAAGAGCUCUUGUGCAUGAAUGUUGGCUAUCCUAACAGCAUUUUUACAGUCAGUGUACAUGUGUGUAUUCUGUAUUUGCACAACAUCCCACUCUCCUCCUCUCCAGCUAUGAUAAAGAUCCAUUUCUACAGUCAGCAGGUUAUAGAUGACUUUAAUAAACAUCUGUUUGUGUAAAUAAGAAGUAAUACAUAACCAAAAUAAAAGCAUUGUUUUCAUUAAAGCAGCGCCUGCGUGUGCAUGUGUUUGCAUUUAAGACGCUCAUCUGCAUCUUAAAGGAAAGGCUGAAUGAGUCAGAGGUGAGGUGAUGCUGCGCUACACUUUCAUUCCUUCAUAGACGUGAGUGCAAUAAUGACUUUCUGCCAAAAACAUGAGAGUUACUUCUCCGUCCUCUAAAGUGACUUCUUUCUCAUUUCCUGCACUACUUUAUGCCAAAUACACAUCACAGCAGCUCUCUGUCAGAGCUUUUAGCACAUUUAAAGAUUCAUGAUUUGUUUACAGUCAGUCAGAGAGAAGCACAGCAUCCAAAGAUGCUUUGGUUUGUGGCUUGAAUUGAUUGCUUUUUACCACAGUUUCAGCUCGAGUGCACAGUAUUGAUUGACCCUGUGUUGCAUAUUCCUCUACUGUACAGUGAAGCAAUAGUUAUUAACUUAAAUCACUGAGAGAAGGCAAUGCAGCUUUAUUUGGAUAACAUAUUUCAUACACAUGUGCUUUACAUAAGACAAAAUAACAGUUCAAAUUUCACCAUUUCAACAAAACCCAAUUAUGAUAUAAAUUAAACACAGUACAGAAAAAUAAAAAGAGAGAAAGACAACAAAUGGUUCGGUUAAGUGAAGCAUAAAAUAUGACAAUAACGUGAUAAGUGAUGCACAAUAAAAGAUUAAAGAGGUCAAUCAUAGGCAUAUGAGAAGAUACAUGUUUUAACCUAGAUUUAGGUAAAUAGCAAGAAAAAAAGGAGGAGUUACAUUUGAACACCAGCCCCUGAAAUACAAGUUAAAGAAUGUAUAUACAUGUUCACUUUAUUUCUGUAGAUAAUACACUGAAAGAAAAACUGAGUAACAGCUAAAGAAAUAAUCAGAUAACAACACAACCAUGUUGAUGUUCUUCAUGUGAAACGUUGAAGUUUAAUUGCAAUAGUUUGGACAUUUUCGGCCAUUGUUGACUCUGCUGGUAAUCAAUAGAUAUUCAGUGUCAUGUCAACAGAUAACGUUCCCAACUUUAAUCAAUAAGAUGAUCCUGACACACAUUUAUUGAUUGAUUUUUAACUAAAGGAUCGUUGACAUGAUCAGAUAAGCAACUGAUUGGCCACGUUUUUACGAUUUUACAUUUACUUUACAAUAAACACAUCGUCAACACAUAAUAGACUAGGAAUUGAUUCAUGUUGACAUGAUGCUGUCAACAAGUCAAGUGACAGACUAAUCAGGAGGAGAUAGUCAACUAAUAAGAUGCUGUUACACAACAAUCAACAAUCUCACUGACUUUAGAUCAUUGAUUUCAUAUGUGAACAGUUAGAUGUUUGGCACUAAGAAUAAGGAAAGAACAUGUGAACAAAACAAACGUCAUCAUUUUGUUGACAAAUCUAUUGGAAAUGACAGACUUUUACUUAAAUAGUACAAAUAUGUUACUGAUGUGUUUCAUUAAAUAUGUAAAU